UGAUUCACUCUGUGAGUACAAAUUUUCUUGAAGAAAAAAAAAUUCUUUCUUUUUUUUUUUCUUAAAAACAAGAUGUUCAAGCAGUUUUUAAUUUUGACCCUUCUGCGGUCCAAUUUUAUUUGGUCCAAGUCCUUACAAGGACGUAGCGAUGUGACUCCGCAUAUUGUCAUUGUUACACCGCAAGCUCAAGUUCAUUUGGAGCCCGCUGUCGCUGCCAGUCCUUAUCUACAACAUUUUUCACCAUUUACUCGUUAUGCUGCUCCUCACGAAGAAACUGUUGUUUAUGUACCAACUGGCGCUGCAACAAGUGCUGCUACCGCUACCGGUGUCUUUUUACCGGCCAGUUUAAGUGCGAGCAAGGCUGUACCAAUACUACAAGCACGACAAGCGCCCGAACAAAUUGUUCAAGCUGCAGCUACUGCCCAACAAAUAGUUAACGCCAUACAAGCCGCUGUACCACAGAACAAUCUUUCGGAAACGGCAUCACAAUUGGCUGCGCAAGCAGCCACUGCCGCUCAACAAGCCAACGAAGCGUUCGCAUCAGCUGGCGCAUUUUUCCCGAUCGCUCAGUCUAGUGAUAAUCCACUUUCCCAGGCUUCAAAUGCCUUAAAUCAAAUUGCCACAGCAAUCGCGGUUGGCAGUACUGGCGGCGGCGAGGCCAGCGGUAGUGCAAACCCUUCGGUUAAUGCUCCUCCUGCUGCUGAAUCUGACGGCUCUAGCAAUGAUAAUAUUAAAAAAAUUAGCAAAAUUCAAUAUGAAAUUCCUUUAAGUCCGAUAUUAGCAAACGAGCCACGCCAUCAUUACUUCAUCGCUCCAGGUCCGGUACCGCAAUUUGUUGACGUUGUACAGACUCCUGUUUUCGUAGCACCGGCCUCUGCUCAUUUACGAGCGCGCAGCUUGCAAGCGAGCCGAGAUGAAACCCCAAUUAUAGCUAUUCCUUUACCUGAAGCUAUUAAGCCGCAAGCUUUACCUCUGCAAAGUCCCGAACCAAUAGCCGAAGAAAAAUUAGAAGAGCAAAAGGAGAAAAUCGAAUAUAAACGGUAUUUAGAAGCGAAACCACUACAACAGGAACCGCUGAAAGAGGAAUUAAUAAAAGAUGAAAAAAGCAAAAGCAGUGAAAAAGGUCAACAAGCUUUAAUGGAUUCAGGCUAUCAGCAAUCUCGUCCACAGCAAUUACCAGAGCAAAUAUUGCAACAACCGCAAGAAGAGCUGUUACAGAAAGAGAAACCGCAAGAGCAAUUGUUGCAGCAUAAGCAAGAACAGUCUGAAAAGCGGCAAAAGCAACCAACAUUGCCACAGAAACAACUGCAACAAGAAUUGGAAGAGAGACAACCGGUCGGCUGA